GAUUAUUCAUUGGGAAAUCCCAGAAUGUUGUGUAAUUCUUACAAAUAGUUGUUGUAUCAUCUAUUUUUUAGUUGGCAAAAGUAUUCGAUCGACGAUAGUCGAUUUAAACUGAGCAAAUUGUUUCUCGGAAGCUACACACUAUUGAAUUCAUUGUAUCAUGUCCAAUCUAGAAAUUCUCAACCCAAAAACUCUUCAUCUUCCUCCUUCCUCUAAACUCAACAAAGUCAGAGCAGAACUAUUCUCGUUCGAAAAGAAUCGUAAACAAAAGCCGAAAAGCCGGACUGACGAUGAAGAGAUGCAAAUUACCCCUAAGAAUCAGGGGGAUAACGGAAAAAGAUCGAUUUUUGAGGGGUUAAAGUUUGCCGUUGACUUUUCAACAGCCACAAGUUUUAAGGAAAAGAGAGAAUUAAAGGGAUUAAUAAUAGGAGAAGGCGGCAUUGUUUCGCACGUAAUCAAUAAACAGCAAGCUGUUCAAUCGUUCAAGUCUAAAACUGCACAAAAGUGUGAUAUACCAGUUAUUGGAAGGAACUUUAUCGACAAUUGUAUAGAAGAGGAGCGUCUACUAAGCGUCGAAAACUAUUUACUUAUUGGCGAGAAUAAAUCAAAGAAAUUGGCAAAUGGACGAGUAUCAACCAAAGAAUUGGAAAAUGCUCAAAAGUCGGAUAAAAAGACACCGAUUUACGAUUUGAGUAAAAUUCCAGUCUACGAAAAUUGCGACAGUUUGAAUGAAUUUAGUCAAAAUUUUCAAAUUGCCAAGGGUUGUCUACUCUAUAAUCUUGCAAGUUCCACUAAGAGAUUUUUCAAGUGUCGAACCAGCGGUGAAACUCUUUUCGUCUACUCUAUUGAGUAUGACAAAUUCUCGCAUCCUCCGCACUCGUGUCUGCCCACACAGACGCUCGUUCAUCCUGACAUUGGCAGUAAACGCUUUCGCCAACAACAAAUCGAAUGGUUGGGUAAGGGAGAAGAGAUUGACGAGCAGGUGAGCCAAUUGGUUCGGCAUAUAUGGCAAGAAGUUUCUGGAAGAGCCGAAACAAUCCUCUCUCAACCCAUCGAAUCAAUUAAGCUAGAAAAGGUUAUAGCCGCCGAAGCCAUUCUACUCAAGAUUAAAGAGAGUUUGGCCGAUUCUGCAAAGUCAUCCUUGGUCGCAGAACUCGUUAAUGAAUUUUCCAAUACACUACCAUUAGCCGAUAGAGAAUAUCAAGAUCUAGCGACCAACAAGAGAAAGCUGGCAAAAUGUUUUGAUUUGUGUCAGCUUAUUAAGGAUAUGCUGAAUGUAAACGAAGCUACUAACUGGAGUAGGAGAAAUUCGUCUCUAGCCAUGUAUAAGGCGUUAAAUUGCCAUCUGCAACACAUUCCCACCCAUCAAUCGGAGAUUAAGCAGUUUUACGAAAACGUACCUGAGUUGACUGUGCAUAAUGUCUAUUCGUUCUAUCGGGGACAGGACGAAGGACAAUUCCAGCACGAAAUAGGCAACGUUCGACGCCUUUUUCAUUCGUCGUCUGUUUACAAUUUUCUAGGAAUAAUGUCGAGAGGACUCUUACCUCCCAAGACAGUUGUGGAAGAUUACGGAGUGGAUCUUACCGAAAAGGAUGGCCUUCUCGGUUCGGGAAUCUACUUUGGAGAUAAUAUUCGAACGAGCAUCAAGUAUUCAAAGGCCA